AUGGUCGCACUGUGCUCACUCACUGUGGCGGAAGCUCUCAAUACGACAUCAUUUGUCACGCUCCCCGUCUACACAGCACGGGCGAGGACAUAUGUCGCGAAGACGGAGAGUAGCGGCUUGGGUGUGUUUGCGAGCACGGACGUUGCCCGUGGUGAGCUCCUCUUCCGCGAGCAUCCACUCCUGGUAUACCCCCAGAUGGUCCCGUUCCACAGUUUCCGGCCUCCGGGCGAACAGUACCCCGAGCUAGACGAUGCCAUCUCCAAAUUGUCCGCCACGGACCGCCAGGCGUUCUUCAACCUCGCCAAUAGCUGCCCCUAUGAAUCCUCGCCGACGAAAGGGAUCAUCGACACCAAUGCGGUACACAUCGGCCUCCUGUCAGGCUCCCAAGCAGAAUACGCGGCGGUCUGCAAGCAGCUCUCAAGGGUCAACCAUAGUUGCUCCCCCAACGGCCACUACCACUUCUGCCCCUCCUCCCUCUCGCUCGAACUGCGCGCUCUUCAGCCCAUCUCCGCCCACACCGAAGUGACGAUCUCCUACGUGGACCCCACGCUCCCCCGUGCCGCACGUCUCGCCGCCCUCGCUUCAUACGCCUUCACGUGCACAUGCCCUUCCUGCUCCCUUCCCGAGUCCGUUUCACCCGAGUCCGACGCCCGCCGUGCGUUCCUCGCCCGGACAGUCACGGACGACGCUGCCCUCUCAAGAUGGGCCCGCGAUCCCUCGCUACCAGACGCCAUGGGCGCGCUCGCCGACCGUGCAUACGUGCGCGCGUGCGAAGCCGAAGGCGGGCUCUUCAUUGAAGACGCGUGGACGGCACCGAUCGCGCGGCUUGUGAAGGCCUGCUGCGCACUCGAAGACGCUCCUGGGGCGAGGGAGUGGGCAAGACGGGGACGCGAGUUGAGCCUGGCAUUCACGGGCGAAGACGGGGGGUGGGCGGAGGUGGAGAGGUGGCCAGAGAGGACGGGGUGGUGGGGGUUGAGGAGGCGGGCGAAGGAGGCUGCGGCGACGGCGGCGCUGUGA